UUAGUUCUGUUAGUUAUUUAACAGUGAAUACCCCCUUUAACCCUUUUUAGCAUUUGUCAUCCAAAAAAUCAAUUUCUCUAACUCACUAGAGUCAAGAAAUGGUUAUACUUGCUCCUGAUGAGCUUCAUUUUGUGUUGUUUCCUCUGAUGGCUCAAGGCCAUAUUGUACCCAUGGUUGAUUUUGCCCGAAUACUAGCCCAACGUGGUGCGACUAUCACCUUAGUCACUACACCUCUUGCCGCCAAUCGGUUUAGGCCAGCAAUUGCCCGAGCAGUCGAAGCUAAGCUCAAGAUCCGGCUAGUUGAACUUCAUCUCCAGUUAGCCGAAGUUGGUUUACCAGAUGGCUGUGAGACCCUUGAUAAACUUCCUUCAUCUGAAUCGUCAGCCAAACUGUUUUUAGCGAUGGACUUGUUAGAACAAUCAGCAGAAGAUUUAAUUCGGGAACUUUCUCCUCCUGCAGAUUGCAUAAUCUCAGACUAUUUCUUCCCAUGGACUACAAAUGUUGCUCAAAGGUUUAACAUACCACGACUUGUGUUCCAUGGGCCAGGAUGCUUCUGGUUGUUGUGCAUGCAUGCUAUCUUCACUUCCAACAUAUUAGAAGGAAUCAAAUCAGACACAGAGCGGUUCAUGCUCCCUGGUUUGCCCAACAAAAUUGAAGUUACUAAGUUACAUAUCUUUGGUUCCUCUGAAAAACCCAGUGCUGAUCAGAAUGGGUUUUGGGCCCGUGCUAUUGAGGCAGACAAAGCUGCAUACGGGAUCGUGGUCCACACUUUCAACGAAUUGGAACCCGCAUAUGUUAAGGAAUUCUCAAAGGCAAGAGAUACAAAAGUAUGGUGUAUAGGUCCGGUUUCACUAUGCAACAAAGAUGAUCAGGACAUAGCUGAGAGAGGAAACAAGGCUGCAAUCAAUGAGCACGAGUGCUUGAAAUGGCUCGAUGAAAGGGAACCUGGUUCCGUGCUGUACGUUUGCUUAGGAAGUCUAAUUCGUGUUUCUACACAACAAGCAAUUGAGCUCGGACUAGGACUUGAGUUAACAAAGCAACCCUUUAUAUGGUGCAUAAGAAACAAAACAGAAGAACUGGAGAAAUGGUUUUCGGAUCAAGAGUUUGAUGAGAGGGUGAAAGACCGAGGGUUAAUCGUGCAUGGUUGGGCACCGCAAGUGUUGAUACUGUCACAUGGAGCAGUCGGGGGUUUCUUGACACACUGCGGAUGGAACUCGACGCUGGAAGCAGUGUGUGCCAGUGUGCCAAUGAUUACAUGGCCACAUUUUGCUGACCAGUUUCUAAAUGAAGCCUUCAUUGUAGAAAUUCUAAAAAUUGGAGUUAGAAUUGGUGUGGAAGUUCCUGUUGAUCCUUUCAGCCGCGAAGAUAAAGCUGAAGCGCUCGUGAAGAAGGAUGAUGUCAAGACGGCUAUCGAAUGCUUAAUGAAAGAAGAUGGCGACGAAGCGGAACAACGAAGGAAGACGGUAAAGAAGCUUGCGGAAAUGGCUAAGAUAGCGAUGGCGGAAGGGGGGUCUUCUUAUGUUAGUAUAUCAUCGUUAAUUCAAGAUAUAUUUCAUUAUCAAAGACGUGACAUACAACAUUAGUUAGUAGAGCAACGAGCACUAUUGUAUUUAUAGACGUCUCUUUCUUGUCAUAUAUAAUAUCACUAUUUCAAUAAAGCACUCAUCUGUCACUGAAAGGAGAUCUAAGAAUGUAUAGAUACAAUUCACUCAUCGAUCUGUGUCGCGCAACAAAUCAACGUCGUAAAUUAGUGGGUCGCUACAAGUCUAAUUUAGUUUGUUAACGACACAUUUAG